UAACCAAGUUAAUUUACUUUAAAUAUUUUUGUUUUCCUUUUUAUCUUCUUCGAUAUGAUGUCACCCUUAUCAAAGACAGCCACAAGAAGCAAAGAAAGAGGGAGAAACUGCUCCUGCUGGUGACCCAGAAUUUAUUAAGAGGCAAGAGCAGAAGAAAUCCGAUCUUGAUGAACAGUUGAAAGAAUACAUCACAGAAUGGCGCAAACAGCGAGCCAAAGAAGAAGAAGAACUCAAGAGGUUGAAAGAUAAGCAAGCCAAGCGCAAGGUCAUGCGUGCUGAUGAAGAGAAGCGCUUGGCUGAGAGGAAGAAGCAAGAGGAAGAGAGGAGACAGCGUGAAAUUGAGGAAAAGAAGCAGAGGGACAUUGAGGAAAAGAGACGCCGUCUGGAGGAGGCUGAGAAGAAGAGACAAGCUAUGAUGGCAGCUCUCAAGGACCAGAGCAAGAACAAGGGCCCCAACUUCACAAUUACAAAGAAGGAUGCAUCUUUCAAUAUGUCAUCUGCACAAUUGGAGAGGAACAAGACCAAGGAACAGUUGGAGGAAGAGAAGAGAAUCUCCCUGAGCAUUCGCAUCAAGCCUCUUGAUAUUGACGGGCUCAGUGUAGAUAAGCUGCGUGCAAAAGCAACAGAACUGUGGGAAAGUAUUAUAAAGCUUGAAACAGAGAAAUAUGACCUUGAAGAAAGGCAGAAGAGGCAGGACUAUGACCUGAAAGAACUGAAGGAGAGGCAGAAGCAGCAGCUUAGGCACAAAGCUAUGAAGAAGGGUCUGGAUCCAGAAGCACUGACUGGAAAGUACCCACCUAAAAUCCAGGUUGCUUCAAAGUAUGAGCGCCGUGUUGAUACAAGAUCAUAUGACGACAAGAAGAAACUCUUUGAAGGGGGUUUAGCUGAACAAAACAAAGAAGUCCUGGAGAAGCAGUGGACCGAUAAGGCUUCCGAAUUUGAUUCAAGACAAAAAUCCAAGCUGCCCAAAUGGUUUGGUGAGAGGCCAGGCAAGAAGAAGGGAGACCCAGACAGCCCCGAGGAAGAGGAAGUGAAGCCUGUUGAUGAAGAUGAGGAAAUUGAAGAACCCAAGUUCCAACCUGAGCCUGAAGAGGAGGAGGUUGAAGAAGAGGAGGUUGAAGAAGAGGAAGAAGAGGAAGAAGAAGAGGAAGAGGAAGAGGAAGAAGAGGAAUAGACAGCUGACUCUAUGCUCCAGGGUUUGCAGAAGAGCUUGGCCAUUCUCCUCAAAGAAGACCACAUCUCCAUCUGGGUUAAUCGCCUCAAAAUUCCAGGACUGAACAUCAUUCACUGUAGAGGUGGAGCCAUCAGAAGUUGCAAUAUAAUGAUUUCAGUUAUUGCACACAUAAAAUAAUUGGAUAUCAUUGUAACAUAAAAAUAUUUUAAAUAUACUGGAUAAUGUUGUUUUUA